CUUUGGAUACUACGUACUGUCUUGUCACCUCCUUCUUUCCCUCGGAUCUUCAUUUCUGUUAGAGGUUUAAAACCCUAAAAACGAUUCCUCUCAGUGACCAUGACCAGAAGAAGAGGAUAUUAACCUCUCUCUCUCUCUGAUCGCAUGUGUUGUGUUGGAUCUUCAUCCUUUUUUCAGCACACUGGGGGCUUUUCCAGCUCAGAGGACCUGGCCAUCUGAAUCUGUUAUCCUCAAUUGAAUCUGAUUCCAAGGAAUAUCUUUUCGCUUCUGAUCUAUUUUCGUGUAGAACCGAGCGAAGCCGCUAUGGUGAUUUGAUCCGCGUUUGUGGUGACGAUUGAUUCUGAUUUGAGUGGAGAAUCUGAAAGAAUUUAGUGUCCUUGUAAUAGUGGACCUCUCUAGGUGUAUUGUAGUGUAUGGUCUUAGUGGAUUUCCUUACUGUUGACCGAGUGUUUGUCUCAGUGGAAAUGCUAUUUGUACCGACAGAGCAUAGGAAUCAGUGUUAUGGGAGGGCCAAGUCUUAUGGACCUGGUCCUUUCGGGUCAUCUCCAUCCAAAACUUUCAGGCAAAUAAACUGCCGGACAUUUCAGUCUGGGGAGGGUUUGCUCCCAAGGCCAAACAGGACUUGUUCUACAACUGUAACCGGAUGUGCUCCUCUGUUUCCGUCUCCUGCUGCUUCUUCGGCUAAGGCCCGUUCCCAUCAGUCAGUAACUUCCCCUGCUAAUUCUGUGUCUGUUGACAAUGCUAGAAGCUGCCCGAUCCCAAUCUCUAGUAAUGGUUCCCAGAAUGAUGGGUGUUCUAGUGGAUUCCUCCAAGAAAGUAGAAGCCUUUCUAACUCUGAACUUUGGGCAGGGCCUACUUAUUCCAACUCUCCGCCACCUAGUUCUGUGCCAAUUCCCAAGUUUUCUCUCCAGCAAAAGAGGACUGUUUCGCUGAAUCUGCCUGCUUCUGACCCUCUUGUUGAUGUUCGUCCAGUUGCUAAGUCUGCACCAGCUUCUCCUACGAGAGUCCACAACUCUUCUGUUGAAGAACUCUUUCGAAGUGUGGACUCUGCGACUAAGACGCUACGUCGCAUUCUCAACCUUGAUAUUGCGACAAAUGAGGGGCAGGAUCGUGCUCUCCCGUAAAUUAUCAAGCAGGGAACUGGGUUAGUUUUAGUUUCUAUAUAUACGAAUAAGGUGUUAGUCACCAAGCUGGUUUGGGUUUGCGUACCUUUUCAUGGUGAUGGUGGAGGAACAUGGUAGCAGUCUUGGCUCUGGCAGGUUUGCAGUUUCUGGUUUUCCUAUGUAGAUGGGGGCGUUACUGAUGGAGAAUGAGUUGUGGAUUUGAGAAGGUGAUUGGCAUGGGGAGAAGUAUAUGGAAAUUGUGCAAGGAAAGCGAAUGCAUGGGUGAGCACCUGAAUGUUGGUUGGGCAUAGGAUGGCAUAACUUACUGGUCUCAAACACGUUCACUUCGCUUCUUACCUUGGUCUUCGUAUAGGUUCUCUUAGAGUUGUUCAUUCCUGGUAGUUUCUUUCUAGAGUAGGAUAUGCAGCAUCUUGAAAUCCUGUAUAUGCCAUAGAACUUCGAACUGGUUCAUGGCUAGAUUUCUUUCGAACCUAACCCUCUCUGUCCUCUCUAAGUCUGUUUCGCAUUGGGUAGUUCCUAUAGUUCUGUCUUAUAUUUCUGUUAGUGUAGAGCUUUUGUUUGUCUCUCUGUUCUUACUUUCUAGGGCAUAUUCUCAGUCAUCAAGUCUUCUCUUCCUUCAACUCCAUUUCUCUCCAGACUUAAAGGUGUAAAAUCUAACUGACUCUUGCUCACUUCCUGCUAAACCACUCUUCCUCUUCGCCUCUUUUCGUACUUUUUGAAAAAGAAAAGCGGGAAGAGGAAGUCAGACUGAUUGUUUCAGAACGGAAAGUUUGUCAGUACAAAACCAUACUGGUCACACCCAUCAUUCGCUUUUCUUGCAUCUCCUGAGAGUGUCAGCUCUCUGGUUCUCCUUGUCACUGGUCUUCCCCAAUGGUCAGUCUCCUCAGAGAAUGGAUCCUUUCAUGUAGCUGCUCGCCAGGGUACAUGUUGUACGCGGAUGUGCCUGGCCACCAGCUCUUUUGCUGAUACUUGUUAGUGUCUGGUCUAUGCUCAGGUGGUUGGUUCAUACACUGUAUGUGUGUGUGUAUGUUCCGGCCGUUGCUUUGUCAUUUGUUGUUUGUAGCUUAGCUUGCCGGACGGUGCUGUAGGCAUUGUGCUUCUGGUAAUAUGCUCGUUGUAAGGACAUCAUUGUAUCCCCAGUUCCCUUGUUAAUGCCGUUUUCAGUUCUUAUUCA